AUGAGACUUCUGCGGGUGCUGUGGGUGGCGGCGGCGUGGGCGGCGUGCGGGGUGGGCGGGGACCAACAGAGGAAGGUAGACCAGACCUUCGCCACGAUGCCUUCACACCAGACCGCAGUUCUGGGUUCCACAGCUGUUCUGCCCUGCAGAGUGGUCAACAGGAGGGGGCUGGUCCAGUGGACCAGAGAUGGUUUUGGUCUAGGAACUCACAGAGGCCUGGAGGGCUUCGAAAGGUAUUCGAUGAUCGGAGCUGACGAGGAGGGCGACUUCAGUCUCAGAAUCUCGCCGGUGACGCUGGAGGACGACGCAGAGUACCAGUGUCAAGUGUCAUCGGCGACGGAACUGCCGCUACGCUCGCAGGUGGCGCGUCUCACCGUGUUUGUGCCGCCCCAGCCACCAUCUGUUGACCAUCCCAAGGUGGCCACCGCUGGUGUGCCGCUCACCCUCACCUGCUCCAGUAGCGGCGGGAGACCUGCACCAGAGAUCCAGUGGCUGGACGGGACGGGGGCGGAGAUCCACACGGGCGUACACCUGUCGCAGGACCUGAUGGAUGACGAGAAGCGCGUCAACGCCCACGCCACCCUCACCUUCACGCCCACGCGCCACCACCACGCCCGCACCCUCACCUGCCUCACCCACAACCCCGCCCUACACACACCCCUGGCGGCCAAGGUCCGCCUCAACGUCGAGUAUCCACCCGAGGUGCAACUCGUUUUCUCUCCAGACGAGUUAUCCGAGGGUGUGGAAGCCUCCGUGACCUGCCGAGUAGAAGCCAACCCGGGAGAUGUGACCUACCGCUGGUUCAGGGGAGGUUCGGAGGUGGCGGGUGCCCAAGGGGGCACUCUCACCCUGGGGGUCCUCUCUCGCUCUGACAACGCCUCACCCAUCGCUUGCGAGGUCACCAACGCUGUCGGUACUACGCGCAAGACACAAACACUCAACGUCAAAUAUGCGCCUAUGUUCUUAGCGGCACCUAGCAGCCAGUCAGCCGAGCCAAACCAGCAGGUGACACUCAGAUGUCGCGUGGAUGCCAACCCUCCGCCUGAUAUCACCUGGUCGCGACCCAACGAUGCCAAGGUGGUGGGUCGUGGGUCAGAACUUGCUGUCACAGCUACAUCAUCCAGCGCAGGGCUGUACAUCUGCUCUGCUCGGAGCCCUGGUUUCUCGCCCCUGGAAGGCCGGGUUCACCUUCGCCUGCGGGGCCCGCCCUUGAUUAGGGCCCAGGCGGUGGUGGCGGUGCCGGAGGGGCAGCCGGCGGUGCUGCGCUGCGGGGUAGUGGCGGUGCCUCACCCCGUAGCCGUCACCUGGACCAGAGAGGGCACAGUAUUGGUGACAGGUGAGUCGCAGCUGCUUUCUAACAACAGAGACAGACAGACAGGCAGAGAUGCAAGUAGACUGAAUGGCUAUCUGCAUGGUUGUGGGAAGGAUGGUAAAGCAGAAAGCUCUCUCCACACCCUCCUCUUCCUCUGGCCAUUACCGAUAUGAGACAGAAAAACAUGCCACACCAUAAUGAAAAAAAUAAUUUACCGAAGAGAUAGUAGCAAAUACAAAGCAUAGCAUACAACUACUUAUACUGCGCAGUACUACUACUAGUGUUACCACAUCUACUCGUGUCAGUCUGAUACCAUCCACAAAACCGUAUAUACCAUUAGGUCUAUCUCUAGAGUCUAGAUACUACUAGUUCAACCUUAAGAUAUUGUGCUGCAGACGGAUACCAAUACCCGAGAAUCCUGUGCUUCGUACCAAACACCGGGAUACCGAUGGCUACUGCAUGGAGAGGAUUUAUGACCGGUAGAAUCUCAACUUUGCACACUGUAUGCCCAGUUGGUUCUUUAAAGAUCGUCGAACUGAUUCUGCGGUCAGAACUUCCGUGGGGAGACUACUACAGUUCUCUUCAAGUCUGAAAAGAAGCUCCUACUUACAUGUUAAGCCUCAAAGCACAAAAUGAAGAUUAUUUCUUUGCAAAGGUUGCAAUGUGUAAUUAUAAUUUUGAUUUGCUAAGUGGAAAAGCAGUUAUCAUGCCGGGGCGUCUCUGGGUUCCAUACCAUUGUUUCGUGUCAUUAUAUUGCACUGGAAAAGAGAGCCUUAUACUUAAUUAGGUGUAACUUAUUUAAUAUGAUGAAAGUAUGAAUUUGGUCUCGUAGCCUCUGUUUUCUGAAAACGAGUCGGGAAGAAAAUAUGUGAAGGUAGAGAGGGGUUGAGGGUGGAAUGGUCGGAAUGGGAAGGGAAGGAGAGAUAUAGAAGACCAGAAAUACAGAAAUACUUUAUAAUGGAGCCGAGGAGAAUAUUAUACUCUAGUUCCAAAUGUCUGAUCUCAAGGUAGGGCACAGCAAUUCAAGAUAAUUGGACAAUUAACUUUAAACGUCUGACCUUGACCUUUGACCGGCUUGGAAGCCAGGAAAUUAGAGCUUCUAUAAAGCUAGUUAGGUGUUCAUCCCCCAGUGGUAAUACGUUAAAGCUUUUAGAGGUCCA